GUAGAAAGGAGAUCAGCACCUCUAUUGUGAUACCAUACAAGGAAGGAACAUCAGAAACCAUACGUAGGAUUCUCAACAAGGUUGGAAUUAGGGUGGCAUUCAAACCAACAAACUCACUUAGAGGUAAGCUUUGUCGGCUAAAAGAUCCGAUAGAACCAAUUAAGCAAAAUAAUAUAAUCUACCAAAUUCCAUGUAAUGACUGUGAAGUCAAAUACAUAGGUCAAACUAGCCGGUCGGGGUCAGUUAGAUUAACAGAACAUAGGAAUUUAGCUAAACAUAGAACGACAGACCCCAAUAAGAUCAAUAACCUAGAAAAACACUCAGCCAUUGCAUUACAUUCAUUAACACACAACCACACAAUAGGAUGGGACAAAACCACUGUACUUAAGUCUAAUAUAGCUAGGUGGAGAGAGAGAUUAAUUACUGAAUCUUUGUUCAUCGAAUUCACACCCAACACAUGUAAUAGGAAUGACGCAACACCUAUACCAGAGAUAUGGAAAACUUUACUACCAAUCAAAAAACAAAAAAACAAAGAGAGAUCAGGUGACAGGACUAUAAAAUCAGAUGUCGAAAGAAGUGUGAUUACAUUGAUAUGAUUAUGAGCAAUAAUUUAUGCUCGAAACGUAAUCAAGUAAAUAAUACUGUAUCACUGUGCGCUUUAUAUCAAAUAAACAAAUCUAAUAUGGAACUACAUUCUACCACAGUGCCCAAGUUUUUCACUUAUAUUAAUGAAACUUAUGGUCUUCCUGUUCGAAGGCUAAUCAAUAAACUCACACGACUUUCACAAACUGAAGCACGUUUCACAAAUCAUCGUAUUUUCAAUAUUCGUUGCAUGAAAAAUCAAAUUAUCCCUAAAUACCUUCGCAUACGAAUCCCAAUAUAUACUGACAAAAUCCAAAGGGCAAUAGAACAUGUCAGCAAACUAUGUCUGAAAGAAGAAAUUCACAGGAUUAUUAAGAAAUUAAGUACCAUUCGGAAUAAAAUUGAACAACUUAAAUGUAAAAUUAUGAAGAUAGUAAACUGCAGAGACUAUGGAUUUAUAAUAGAAACAUCAGACAAAGCAAGAUUAGCUACUCUCAAGAAAUCUAGAAGAAAUCAAAUCAAAAAGUUCAAUAAACUAAUGCAAGAAAAAUAUGCUUCGGAAAACAAUGAAAUUACAAAGGAAACAUCAUCGAACAUCGAUAGAACAAAGUGGGUAGUCAAUCUCUCCUCGAAAGCCUUAAGCUCAGCUGAGAUGAAAGUACUUGAAAAAGGACUAAACUUCAACAUAACAGUAGAUCAUCUAAAACCAGAAGAUGUCAUACCUAGCAUAGAAGUAGCAUUAAGCUCGGUGGAUGUGACAACUGCUGAACAGGUUAGAGCGCAGUGUGCAUUAGCACUUAAAAAACAAAAGAAGACACAGCGAAACUUAACGAAACUGGAAAAUUCAGCUUUAAACAAUCUACGAAAGGAUAAUAGUAUAGUAAUUGCUAAAUCUGACAAAGGUAACUCAACAGUAGUUAUGGACAAAUCGGAUUAUCUUAAAAAAAUGGAUGAACAUAUCCAAACAGGGCCAUAUGAAGAGAUUAAGAAACCUAUAGAUACUGUCAUGAAUAAAAUUAAGAAAUCUACAACAGAUCUGAUACGCCGACUGAAGCCAUCUCUAGGUAAGUCCGAAUGGUUUACUUUAAUGCCAAAAACUAAUAAUCCUAGCAGAAUUUACGGUACUAUUAAGGUUCAUAAAGCAGGUUAUCCCAUUAGGCCGAUAGUUGACUUCCGAAACACACCAACAUAUGAGAUAUCAAAGUAUUUAGCAUCAGUAUUACGUCCUGUUAGAGACCGUUCCAACUCUAGACUAGUAAAUUCUUACGAGUUGAAACAAAAACUUAAUGACCUGCACAUAGAAGAGGAUGAAAAAAUGGUUAGUUUUGACGUAACAAGUCUUUAUACUAAAAUACCAAUCAAUAUGGCACUGGAGGCAGUCAGAAAUCAACUAGAUACUGACUCACAACUUACUCAAAGAACCAAGGCAUCGGUUGGUGAAAUCAUGUUAGGAGUGCAGUUAUGCUUAACCUCGACAGUCUUCAAGUUUCAGGGAAAGAUAUACAGACAAACAGAAGGAGUAGCAAUGGGAUCACCAAUAUCCCCUAUAGUAGCAGAUAUAUUUAUGGAUAGUUGGGAAGAUAUGGCUUUACGAACAUAUAAUCCGACACCUAAGAUAUGGUGGCGAUAUGUAGAUGACACAUUUACAGUGUUGAAAUCGGAACAUAUCGACAGUUUCUUGACACACAUAAACUCAGUAGUUAACGCAAUCCAAUUCACCUACGAAGUAGAAAAUGAACAAGGAGAAUUACCUAUGUUGGAUUGCAGAAUAAAACGAAGGAUAGAUGGUGGUUUAGAUACUACCGUCUACAGAAAACCAACACAUUCUAACAGGUAUCUAGACUUCAAGUCAUCUCAUCCAGUGUCAGUUAAAGCGGGUUUAGUCAAAUGUCUAAAUAACAGAGCUGAGAAACUCACUAGUCAUUGUAAGGACUUAAAUAAGGAAUUGAAACACAUAAAAGAAGCGUUAAUAACUAAUAAUUAUCCCCAUCAUUUUAUUAAGAAAUUCACACGGACGCAUAAGAAGCAAAAUAAUAACACUAAUACAAAUACAAAUAAUAGUGACAACAUAAGUAGAAAGGAAAUCAGCACCUCUAUUGUGAUACCAUACAAGGAAGGAACAUCAGAAACCAUACGUAGGAUUCUCAACAAGGUUGGAAUUAGGGUGGCAUUCAAACCAACAAACUCACUUAGAGGUAAGCUUUGUCGGCUAAAAGAUCCGAUAGAACCAAUUAAGCAAAAUAAUAUAAUCUACCAAAUUCCAUGUAAUGACUGUGAAGUCAAAUACAUAGGUCAAACUAGCCGGUCGGGGUCAGUUAGAUUAACAGAACAUAGGAAUUUAGCUAAACAUAGAACGACAGACCCCAAUAAGAUCAAUAACCUAGAAAAACACUCAGCCAUUGCAUUACAUUCAUUAACACACAACCACACAAUAGGAUGGGACAAAACCACUGUACUUAAGUCUAAUAUAGCUAGGUGGAGAGAGAGAUUAAUUACUGAAUCUUUGUUCAUCGAAUUCACACCCAACACAUGUAAUAGGAAUGACGCAACACCUAUACCAGAGAUAUGGAAAACUUUACUACCAAUCAAAAAACAAAAAAACAAAGAGAGAUCAGGUGACAGGACUAUAAAAUCAGAUGUCGAAAGAAGUGUGAUUACAUUGAUAUGAUUAUGAGCAAUAAUUUAUGCUCGAAACGUAAUCAAGUAAAUAAUACUGUAUCACUGUGCGCUUUAUAUCAAAUAAACAAAUCUAAUAUGGAACUACAUUCUACCACAGUGCCCAAGUUUUUCACUUAUAUUAAUGAAACUUAUGGUCUUCCUGUUCGAAGGCUAAUCAAUAAACUCACACGACUUUCACAAACUGAAGCACGUUUCACAAAUCAUCGUAUUUUCAAUAUUCGUUGCAUGAAAAAUCAAAUUAUCCCUAAAUACCUUCGCAUACGAAUCCCAAUAUAUACUGACAAAAUCCAAAGGGCAAUAGAACAUGUCAGCAAACUAUGUCUGAAAGAAGAAAUUCACAGGAUUAUUAAGAAAUUAAGUACCAUUCGGAAUAAAAUUGAACAACUUAAAUGUAAAAUUAUGAAGAUAGUAAACUGCAGAGACUAUGGAUUUAUAAUAGAAACAUCAGACAAAGCAAGAUUAGCUACUCUCAAGAAAUCUAGAAGAAAUCAAAUCAAAAAGUUCAAUAAACUAAUGCAAGAAAAAUAUGCUUCGGAAAACAAUGAAAUUACAAAGGAAACAUCAUCGAACAUCGAUAGAACAAAGUGGGUAGUCAAUCUCUCCUCGAAAGCCUUAAGCUCAGCUGAGAUGAAAGUACUUGAAAAAGGACUAAACUUCAACAUAACAGUAGAUCAUCUAAAACCAGAAGAUGUCAUACCUAGCAUAGAAGUAGCAUUAAGCUCGGUGGAUGUGACAACUGCUGAACAGGUUAGAGCGCAGUGUGCAUUAGCACUUAAAAAACAAAAGAAGACACAGCGAAACUUAACGAAACUGGAAAAUUCAGCUUUAAACAAUCUACGAAAGGAUAAUAGUAUAGUAAUUGCUAAAUCUGACAAAGGUAACUCAACAGUAGUUAUGGACAAAUCGGAUUAUCUUAAAAAAAUGGAUGAACAUAUCCAAACAGGGCCAUAUGAAGAGAUUAAGAAACCUAUAGAUACUGUCAUGAAUAAAAUUAAGAAAUCUACAACAGAUCUGAUACGCCGACUGAAGCCAUCUCUAGGUAAGUCCGAAUGGUUUACUUUAAUGCCAAAAACUAAUAAUCCUAGCAGAAUUUACGGCACUAUUAAGGUUCAUAAAGCAGGUUAUCCCAUUAGGCCGAUAGUUGACUUCCGAAACACACCAACAUAUGAGAUAUCAAAGUAUUUAGCAUCAGUAUUACGUCCUGUUAGAGACCGUUCCAACUCUAGACUAGUAAAUUCUUACGAGUUGAAACAAAAACUUAAUGACCUGCACAUAGAAGAGGAUGAAAAAAUGGUUAGUUUUGACGUAACAAGUCUUUAUACUAAAAUACCAAUCAAUAUGGCACUGGAGGCAGUCAGAAAUCAACUAGAUACUGACUCACAACUUACUCAAAGAACCAAGGCAUCGGUUGGUGAAAUCAUGUUAGGAGUGCAGUUAUGCUUAACCUCGACAGUCUUCAAGUUUCAGGGAAAGAUAUACAGACAAACAGAAGGAGUAGCAAUGGGAUCACCAAUAUCCCCUAUAGUAGCAGAUAUAUUUAUGGAUAGUUGGGAAGAUAUGGCUUUACGAACAUAUAAUCCGACACCUAAGAUAUGGUGGCGAUAUGUAGAUGACACAUUUACAGUGUUGAAAUCGGAACAUAUCGACAGUUUCUUGACACACAUAAACUCAGUAGUUAACGCAAUCCAAUUCACCUACGAAGUAGAAAAUGAACAAGGAGAAUUACCUAUGUUGGAUUGCAGAAUAAAACGAAGGAUAGAUGGUGGUUUAGAUACUACCGUCUACAGAAAACCAACACAUUCUAACAGGUAUCUAGACUUCAAGUCAUCUCAUCCAGUGUCAGUUAAAGCGGGUUUAGUCAAAUGUCUAAAUAACAGAGCUGAGAAACUCACUAGUCAUUGUAAGGACUUAAAUAAGGAAUUGAAACACAUAAAAGAAGCGUUAAUAACUAAUAAUUAUCCCCAUCAUUUUAUUAAGAAAUUCACACGGACGCAUAAGAAGCAAAAUAAUAACACUAAUACAAAUACAAAUAAUAGUGACAACAUAAGUAGAAAGGAGAUCAGCACCUCUAUUGUGAUACCAUACAAGGAAGGAACAUCAGAAACCAUACGUAGGAUUCUCAACAAGGUUGGAAUUAGGGUGGCAUUCAAACCAACAAACUCACUUAGAGGUAAGCUUUGUCGGCUAAAAGAUCCGAUAGAACCAAUUAAGCAAAAUAAUAUAAUCUACCAAAUUCCAUGUAAUGACUGUGAAGUCAAAUACAUAGGUCAAACUAGCCGGUCGGGGUCAGUUAGAUUAACAGAACAUAGGAAUUUAGCUAAACAUAGAACGACAGACCCCAAUAAGAUCAAUAACCUAGAAAAACACUCAGCCAUUGCAUUACAUUCAUUAACACACAACCACACAAUAGGAUGGGACAAAACCACUGUACUUAAGUCUAAUAUAGCUAGGUGGAGAGAGAGAUUAAUUACUGAAUCUUUGUUCAUCGAAUUCACACCCAACACAUGUAAUAGGAAUGACGCAACACCUAUACCAGAGAUAUGGAAAACUUUACUACCAAUC